AAAACAUGUACAUCCAUAAAGUUAUUUUGGGAUUAUUUUAUAAUCGCUUCUGAUUGGUCGUUUCAGUAAUAAAAAUGUAGGAUAACCAAUGAAUACUUUUCGGGAUGUUGUCUUCCUCUUCUAAAUCCUAAUUCUUUAAUUAUCUUUUUGCAUGAAUUCAAUCUCAUUAAAUAAAUUCACAAAUAUUAUUGCCUUCAAAUUAACGAAAAAGUAUACAACUGAGAAAAAAAUAUAUACACAUAAGUAAAUAAACAAUAAACCAGAGAGAAUACAGAAUGCAGAAAUUUAUACUACCGCCUAGUCGAUUGAAAGUUUUUACAAUUCUUCUAUACGCAUACUGGAUUUGUUCAAGUUAUGUACAGUGUAUGAGAUAUAAUACUGUUUAUCAAAAUGAUGAUGUACCUUCAGUGUAUAAAAUGCCUAAAAAGCAUUCAAUGAAAUUGAAGGUGUUCAUUGAAUGUCGACGUGAUUGUUCAAAUAAAUGCAAUCAUAGUUUAUUUGUGUACUUAGCCAAUGAAAAUGAAUGUUAUACCUGCUUAAUUGAAUGUAUGUCUGCAUUCACCCAACAAGCAGAAAAAGUUGGAAUUCAGCUGAAGGAUAUGAAGAAAUCAAAUGAUGUAAAUCUGUUGUCGGACAGUCUUUAUGCACCAGGAAAGAAAGUGAGACGUCGUCAUCUACGUCAGGAUUAUUUAACACAAGAUCAAUUUAGAAAAAGAACAGAUUGA